AUGGCGCUCUCAGGAGAAGAAUACACUGUCGCCGGCGCGCGGGUCGAAGAGAACCACCCGGCCUGGCUCACGCUGGACCACUUGGCCCAGGUGAUCCAGCGCAACGACGCCGACGGCAUCCGCGCCUUUCUCGCCAGGCGCCCGGCGUUGUUGAGUUGGUCCCCGCCGAAAUGGCAGCCCGAGUGCGGAUGGUCCCCGCUCGCCGACCCGAUCGACUACGCCGCGGCCUGCGGCAGCCUGGCUGUGCUGUCCGAGCUGCUGGACCACGAGGUCCGGCGGUCUGGUGGCGACCGGGAGUGGCGCGAAGAUGGAACCGAUGGGGAGUAUCCGCGGACCCAACCGUUUACAAAGAUCCAUCGAUUGCGCGAGGCCUGCAGCUACGGCUUUGUGGACGUGGUCCAGAUGUUGCUGGGCCAGACGCAUGACCAGGAGGCCGAGGUGGAACGGUGCAAUGAUCUAGACCCGCCGCUGCUGUUGGUGGCCGCGGGCCUAGGCGAGCCGCUGUGCCGACCGCCGCGGCACGUCUGGAGCAGCAACAGGAUGCGUCGGGAGCCGGGCAAAGUGAUACGGCUGCUCCUGGACCUGUAUGUAGAUCCCGAGGCCACACACGCGGCGCGCGAGUGGGAAAACGUUAGCAUCGCGGCGCAGGAGGACUAUGCCGAGCGGCUGGGCCUGGAGCCGCCGUACGUCCAGGACACGGUCAUGACGCUGGUCGUCCCGUGGGCCGACGCCGGGUUGAUCUGGAAUCUGGUAACGUACCAUGGGGUGGACCCAUACGUCCGGACGUACCGCGACCUGGACGAGGACGAGGGCUUCGAGGCCGCGCUCGACGUCACGCCACUCCAUCUGGCCUGCCGGUAUCGAAACGUCGAGGCCGUGCGCGCUCUGGUCAACAUGGCUGAUGAUCCCGAUCUGCCGGCUACUGACAGUGAAGAUAAUUUGCCGAUUCACUGGCUACUAUCCGAGGCCUUUCAAAAGGUCAAGGUGUCGUGGUUCUCGGAUGAGGAGGAGCAUAAGCCCGACGACGAAACCCUCUUCGAGCAAACCAAAGCCUGCCUUGAGCUUCUGCUACAAGACGGGAAGCUUCUAGAGAGGAAGAAGACGACAUGCGCCGACAUGAUCAACGCUCCCGACAUCCGGGGGAGGACGCCGCUGCACCUCGCCGUGGCCAACAGGAAGCACUACGGCCUCGUGCCCCUUCUCCUCCGACGCGGCGCCAAUCCCACGCUGCGGGACCAGAACGGCCGCACGGCGCUGUCCACAACACUGCUCAAUGACGACCUCGACUCAUCCAAAGACGCGGCGGCGGCCGUUGUGAAGAUGCUCUUGGACCACGGCGCCAGCCUGGGAGAGACGGUAGAGACCACGAGCGACUCCUUGCUCCACCUGGCUUGCGCGCGCUGGCAACACCUGGCGGCCGUCGAGCUCCUCGUCGCCUACGGCGUCCCGGUAAAUCAGCCUAAUCAGCACGGCCAGCUCCCUCUGCACGUGGCGGCUUCGUGUCUCCAACCCCACGAGCUGACUCCCAGACCUUUUACCGUGGCGCGCGAGGCCUUGGCUGCCCAAGACGACAUGAUGGCGUGCCUCGUAGCGGCAGCCGUCGGAGACCCGGAGAAAGUACUCAUGCGCAGCCACAAGGACGCGUCCGGGUCAACGCCGUCUGCGGUGUUGAAAAGGUGCCGGUCCGAGGUCCAUGCGUACCUACGGGAGCGCGAGGAGACACUGGCGCUCAAAGAGCUCCUGGCGGCCGAGAAGGCUCAGCACAAGCUCGGCGUAGCCAUGAUGCCUCAUGAGCUGCAGAAGCUGGUAGCUGAGCAGGCCCUGCUGGAGGGAAUACCGCGUACGGGUGCCGUCAGCAUUGGGAGGGGUCUGGCUUACAGCCUCGCUCGGCCGCAAGACCAGCACUGGGUAUUUAGAGAUGGUCUUGGAGGAAGGAAUCGUUCCAGGGUGCUUAUAAAUGGUCCCCGGCGUCGGGGAUUAUCGUUGGAAAGGGGCGGAUCUGUCUUCAUAUGA